UCUAGAACAGCAUUAGAAGUGUCGUAACUGUCGUAAAUUUGGACUAACGCGUUCCUUUACGGCACGCCUUUUACCGCACCAUCUGGGAGUAGUCGUGCGUCCUUCUUUGAAUACGAAUUCGCACAUCAAAAAAGGAGAUGGCAAAGUUCCACGCGCCUGUAAUUCAGGACAAUCCAUCAGGAUGGGGCCCUUGUGCUGUUCCUGAGAAGUUUAAAGACAUGCCCUACCAGCCUUUCAGUAAGGGAGACCGACUGGGAAAGGUGGCUGACUGGACUGGAGCAACAUACCAAGAUAAGAGGUACACAAAUAAAUACUCAUCUCAGUUCGGAGGAGGCAGUCAGUAUGCAUACUUCCAUGAGGAGGAUGAGACCAGCUUCCAGCUGGUAGAUACUGCCAAGACUCAGAAGACAGCUUAUCAAAGGAACCGAAUGCGAUUUGCUCAGAGGAAUCUCCGGAGAGAUAAAGAUCGCAGGACCCUUACUCAGUUCAAUAUGCAGACCUUGCCUAAAAGUGCCAAGCAGAAGGAGAGGGAUCGUAUGCGCUUGCAGAAGAAGUUCCAGAAGCAAUUUGGCGUACGGCAAAAGUGGGAUCAAAAGUCACAGGCUCAGCUUAAGCCCAGGGACUCCUCCGUGGAGGUGCGCAGUGACUGGGAGGUGAAAGAAGAGAUGGACUUCCCCAGGCUCAUGAAGAUGAGAUACAUGGAAGUGGCCGACCCAGCUGACAUCGAGUGCUGUGGAGCUCUUGAGUACUACGACAAGGCUUUCGAUCGCGUCACCACUCGCAAUGAGAAACCACUCAAGAGCAUCAAGAGGAUCUUUCACACCGUUACCACCACUGAUGACCCUGUGAUCCGCAAGCUGGCAAAGACCCAGGGCAAUGUGUUUGCCACCGAUGCCAUUCUGGCCACUCUGAUGUGCUGUACUCGCUCGGUCAACUCCUGGGAUAUCAUUGUUCAGCGUGUGGGCAACAAGCUGUUUUUUGAUAAGAGAGACAACUCGGAUUUUGACCUGCUCACCGUGAGUGAGACGGCGAAUGAGCCGCCACAGGAUGAGGGCAGUUCCCUCAAUUCCCCUCGUAAUUUGGCUAUGGAGGCCACCUACAUCAACCACAACUUCAGCCAGCAGUGUCUCAGGGUGGGAGAGAGGUACAAAUUCCCCAAUCCAAACCCAUUUGUUGAGGAAGACAUUGAGAAGAGUGAGGUAGCAUCGGUUGCCUACAGGUAUCGGAGGUGGAAGCUGGGAGAGGAUAUUGAUCUCAUUGUCCGGUGUGAGCACGAUGGAGUGAUGACUGGAGCUAACGGAGAGGUGUCUUUCAUCAAUGUUAAGACCCUGAAUGAGUGGGACUCCCGGUACUGCAAUGGAGUUGACUGGCGACAGAAACUGGAUUCCCAGAGAGGAGCGGUUUUAGCCACGGAGCUGAAAAACAACAGCUACAAAUUGGCCCGCUGGACCUGCUGUGCUAUUCUUGCCGGAUCUGAGUACCUGAAGUUGGGGUAUGUUUCCCGUUAUCACGUAAAGGACUCCUCAAGGCAUGUCGUCCUUGGCACACAGCAGUUCAAGCCCAAUGAGUUUGCCAGCCAGAUUAACCUGAGCAUGGAGAACGCCUGGGGCAUCCUGCGCUGUGUCAUCGACAUCUGUCGCAAACUAGAUGAGGGCAAAUACCUCAUCCUCAAGGACCCAAAUAAGCAAGUUAUUAGGGUGUACAGUCUGCCUGAUGGAACCUUCAGCUCAGAUGAAGAUGAAGAGGAGGAGGAUGAGGAUGAAGAAGAAGAUGAAGAGGAUGAAGAUAAUUAAGGAGACCUUAACUACCACAGCUGCCGGCAUUAUGUGUUUUUUACACCGUCAGAGCUGAAUAAAGAUAAUUGGUUAUUCCUA